AAACUUAUAGAAGUUUUAUAUCCUCCACUGACGAGGGAAAACUAUUAAAACUGAAUGAAGAAGACAUCACUUUUCAAGACAAAAAUAUCCACUUGAAAAUAUUCCUACUCCAACUUCCAUUUGUACAAAAUCGAUCAAUUCCAGUAGAAACAUAACGUACUCUUCCUUCAGAAAAGUAUUUCCUGCUCGAGUUCUUCGUUCAAAAUGUUUGAAGAAGUUGGAAGUUCUGGUGACACUUUUUUUGGACACAACGAGAAGAAUGAUGGGAAGAAAGAGUGAGGCUUUAUGUGUCGUAGGUGGGCCCAGACCUAACCCAGACUGUCCCAAGAGCGCUCGGAUGGCUUCCUAUAUGCAGGCAGCCUGUUCACUUGCCGUAAAGCAAAAUGGUGCAAAUUGCGACCACCUAUGCAUCGUCGUCCCUGUUUCUCCAUUUCCAGCCUGUACCUGCGUCUCUCUUCCUGUCAGCAAGCUCCUUCUAGCCUGUCGUUCGAGAAGACGACUCUGUUCUCUUACUCUGGUCAGACUUACUGAAAAGGCGACUACGUUGGAUUAUAACAUCUAUUUAAGUGGAUCUUUAGCAUUAAGAUGGUUUUAAAUUUAGGAUAUCUAUUUGUUAAGAGAUUGGUGGAAAUGAAGAAAUGUGCAAUCUAAUUGAAUUUUGAAAGAAUGUUCUUUUAAUUCUCUUAAUGAAGAUGGAUGCUUAGCUA